AUGAAGCUCCUCUCCUUUGUUCCGCUCAUAGCCGCAUCGACCUCCACAAACGUUUAUGACAGCAAGACUAUCGUAUCAGUCACCUCCGCCGAUGCUUUCGUCGACGUUCGGGAUGUCCCAAAGCGUCUCGAAGAUGCCAAGGUCGCGCUCAAGCCUGAAAUGGCCGCCUUCCUGAAGACGGCAACUAUCAAGACUUUGAAGUCCUCGGGCUUGCAGGUGGUUGCUACUUCCGAGGACACAGUGAGCUCCGACGAUCUUUGUGCCUACUUGAAGGAGGCGGCCUCCAAACUCUCCGGUCUGGACUGUGAAUGCUCUCCUAAUUUCGCCACCAAGGAAGAGAACACCAGUAACGAUCUCGGCGUGAAUGACCCCAAUGCUUCCAGGCAAAAGGCAUUCAAGCGGAUGAACAUGGAAGAAGUGUGGAGAUUAUCUGCGCCCCAUGUGAGGCAGACCGUCAACGUAGCCGUUAUGGACACCGGCCUCAACUUCAGGGAUCCUGAGAUCGCUCCUUAUCGCGGCGUCUUCCGUAAGAAGAGUGGUGGAUUCAUCGAUGGUGGCUGGAACUUCGUGGACGACUCCUCAAACAUAACAUCGGCUAAUCAGCAUGGUCAGGCGUGUGCCAGAAUUAUCGCGGCAAGGAAGAACAAUGACAAGGAUAUGGCCGGAUGGCAUCCAACGUACGUUUGGUGUCUUUAA